GCGGGGACCUUUAAGAGAUAGAGGGUUAAAGAUAUACAAGAAAAAGAUGGAUACAUGUAUAAAAUGGCCGAGCAAGAAGAUUCGUGGGACAUUUAUUUCAUAUUUUGAAGAAAGAGGCCAUACAUUUGUUCCAAGUUCAUCAGUAGUUCCAUAUAAUGAUCCUACGCUUCUUUUUACUAAUGCGGGGAUGAAUCAGUAUAAAUCUAUUUUUCUAGGCACGGUGGAUUUAUAUAGUCCUCUUGGAAAGUUAAGAAGAGCGGUUAAUUCUCAAAAGGUUAUUAGAGCAGGAGGGAAACAUAAUGAUCUUGAAGAUGUUGGAAAAGAUAGUUAUCAUCAUACAUUUUUUGAGAUGCUGGGAAAUUGGUCUUUUGGUGAUUAUUUUAAAAAAGAGGCGAUUUCAUAUUCAUGGGAUUUAUUAACAAGGGUAUAUGGAUUACCUAUUGAUCAAUUAUAUGUUACAUAUUUUGAGGGGGAUGAGGAAAAUGGGAUACUUCCUGAUAUAGAAACAAGAGACCUGUGGAUAUCUAUAGGUGUUAAUGAAAAUCAUGUUAUACCUGGCUCAAAGAAGGAUAAUUUUUGGGAAAUGGGUGAUACAGGACCAUGUGGACCAUGUACAGAAAUUCAUUAUGAUAGAAUUGGGAAAAGAAAUGCAGCUAGUCUUGUUAAUAAAGAUGAUUUUAAUGUAAUAGAGAUAUGGAAUAAUGUUUUUAUUCAGUAUAAUCGUGAAAAAGAUGGAAAAUUAAGCCCAUUACCUAGUAAACAUGUAGAUACGGGUAUGGGCUUUGAACGACUUGUAUCAAUUCUUCAAAAUAAGUCAUCAAAUUAUGAUACUGAUAUAUUUUCUCCUUUGCUUCAAAGAGUACAUGAAAUUACUGGAGUAAGACCUUAUCAGGGAAAAUUUGGAGCGGAAGAUAUUGAUGGUAUUGAUACAGCAUAUCGUGUUAUUGUAGAUCAUGUAAGGACUUUGACAUUUUCUAUAUCUGAUGGAUGUGUUCCAAGUAAUGAUGGAAGGGGCUAUGUUAUAAGAAGGAUUUUAAGGCGUGGUGCUAGAUAUGUUUGGAAAAAAUUUAAUUAUCCUAUUGGAGAUUUUUUUUCUUCACUUGCUCCUACAUUAAUCACUCAAAUGGUAGAUGCAUUUCCUGAGUUGGAAAAAGCCCGUGAUACAUUAAAAAAUAUUUUGGAUGCAGAAGAAAUGUCUUUUUCAAAAACUCUUGAACGAGGAGAAAAAAUACUAGAUAAAUAUCUUCAGAAUACUAUGGAAAAGGGCGUGAAAGUUUUAUCUGGAACAGAUGUUUGGAGUUUAUAUGAAACAUAUGGCUUUCCUGUUGAUUUAAUAAAUUUAAUAGCAGAAGAAAGAGGCAUGGAAAUUGAUCAAAAAGGUUUUAAAGAUGCAGAAACUAGAUCGAAAGAAAUUAGUCGAAAAUCUUAUAAUAACAAUCUUCAAAAAUUGAAAACUUUAGAGAUGACUCUUGAUAAUUUUACUAAACUUCGAAAUAUGAACAUUAUGUAUACUGACGAUUCUUAUAAAUAUAAUUAUGGGACUAUUGAUUCGAAUAUUAAAGCUAUUUUUUAUGAUAAAUUAUUUAAGAAUUCUACAAAAGAUAUUAAACAAGGAGAACGAAUGAUCAUUAUUUUAGAUAAAACUAAUUUUUAUGGUGAAGAAGGGGGUCAAGAAGGUGAUAUCGGUAAAUUAAUUCUUGAAGGAAAAGCAGAAUUUUUCGUUGAAGAUACUCAAUUAAAUGCUGGAUAUGUUUUACAUAUAGGAUAUAUGAAUUAUGGUGAUUUUGAAUUAGGAGAUAAAAUAAUUUGUGAAUAUGAAGAUCUUGAAAGAAGAAAAUUUCUAAGAAACAAUCAUAGUGCAACUCAUAUACUUAAUUUUUCUUUAAAAAAAAUUCUGGGGGAUACUGUUUAUCAAAAGGGAUCUUUAGUUGCAGCAGAAAAAUUGCGAUUUGAUUUUUCAUAUAAUUCUAAAAUCUCUAUGUCUGAUUUAGAAAAAAUUGAAGAUAUGUGUAAUAGCUUUAUAUUAGGGGAUUAUUCACUUUAUUACAAAGAAAUUGAUCUUAAUUUAGCUAAAAAAAUACAAGGAAUCCGUACUUUGUCUGGAGAAGCAUAUCCUGAUCCUGUUCGUGUUGUAUCUAUUGGUGUAGAUUUAAAUGAAGUUAUGAAAUCACCUAUUUUGCCAAAGUGGAUGGAUUAUAGUAUUGAACUUUGUGGCGGUACUCAUGUAAAUAAAACAUCAGAUAUUAAAAAUUUUGUCAUUGUUGAUGAAAGUGGUAUUUCAAAAGGAAUUAGAAGAAUUGUUGCUUUAACAAGCCAUCAGGCAGAUUUGGCAUUAAGACUUGCAGACGAAUUCUCAGAAAGGUUAACUUUUUUAGAAUCAUUGCCUUUUUGUUUUGAAAAAAUACAACGUUCUAAGUCUAUGGCAGCAGAAUUAGAUUCUAUUGUAAUAUCUGCGAUACAAAAGUUUAAAUUUCGUGAAGCUUUAUUAAAAAUUCAAAAGGAUAUUCUAGAAUCUGAAAAAAUCAAAAAGAAAGAAGAUGAAAAAAAAGUAAUUAAUCUUAUAAAAACAUAUUUUUCAGAAAAUCCUGAUAAAUCAUAUUUUAUCAUUAAUAUUCCUGAUAUAUCUGCAAACAUGAAAGUUUUAUCAAAUGCUAUUAAUUAUAUUAAAGCAAAUGAAAAAGAUAAAAGCGUUUAUUUAUUUGCAGUAGAUCAAAGUCAAACAGGAAAUGUUGCUCACAUGUGUUAUGUUUCAAAGUCUGCUCAUGCAAAUGCUAAUGGUCAAGAAUGGGCUAAUAUAGUUAGUACAAUACUUGGUGGUAAAAGUGGUGGUAAAGAAGAUAGUGCACAAGGAAUAGGAACUAAUAUUGAAAAAAUCGAUGAUGCUAUAGCGGCAGCUGCUACUUACAUUAAUGAAAGGCUACAUAUUUAAAAAUGUAUUCAUCUUUUCUAAUAACACGAUUGUAUUGUUUUAAGAG